CUUCAAGUGAACGGUUACCAUCAUGUUGAGCCCGAAGAUGCAGCGGUCGAUCCGUGUCAAUGAUGGCCAGCUUAUUGCGCUCUCUGAACGCGCGCAGUAUGAUCAUUCGCAGGCUGGCUAUCUUCACAAGCGGAGUUCAGACAACACCAAAUGGCAGCUUCGUUGGUUCAUACUUUAUCAAAAUCUACUAUUCUACUACGAGUCGGAAAACAACAGCCGGCCAACUGGAGUCCUCUUGCUUGAGGGUUCAUACUGCGAGAGGCUUAGCAAAGCACCUAUGGAGAGAAAUGCUUCGUUCUGCUUCACAAUAUCGUAUCGUCGUGAAAGUCAGCGUCAGUACGAACUGCGAGCUGCCUCUGAAGUGGAUUGCGUGCACUGGGUCGAUGCUAUACGGGAAGCCAGUUUCAAUAAGCUGCUCCUACAAAAAGAGGAGCUAGAACAAAAGCAGCUACAUCUCUUACAAGUGGUGGAAAGCGAGAGGACAUCACGCUGGCAGUACGCGCAGCAGUGCGAGGAGCUGUCCAAUGAAGUGAAGAAACUGCGAUCAGAGCUCUGCGCUUACAAGAAAGAGCACGAACCGUCGACCCGUGCGACUUCCUCUGCGAGUCUCUCGCCAACACUGUCCGAUGAGAUCGACCCCUCUGAGCUAAGGAAGAUCAAGAAAGUCCAGAGUUUCUUCCGCGGCUGGUUGUGUCGCCGGCGAUGGAAGCAGAUCGUCGAACAGUACAUCAAGAGCCCUCAUGCCGAGAGCAUGAGGAAGAGGAACAGCCUUGUAUUCAAAAUGGUUGAAGCUGAAGAAGAAUACUUGGAGCAAAUGGAAAUUUUGGUCACAUGUUUCCUCCGGCCAUUCAAAAUGGCGGCGAGUUCUAAGAAGCCGCCCUGCACACAUGAGGAUGUGAACUCUAUAUUCCUGAACAGCGAGACCGUGUUAUUCCUGCAUCAGAUAUUCUUCAAGGGUUUAACUUCCAGGAUGGAGUCGUGGCCUACUCUUGUUUUAGGGGACUUGUUCGACAUGUUACUCCCGAUGCUGACGAUCUACCAGGAGUACGUGCGCAACCACCACUACUCCCUGCAAGUGCUGACGGAGUGCAAGCAGGGCCAGCCCUUCACGCAGCUGCUGGCGAGGCUUGAGAGCAAGCCCGCUUGUCAGGGACGGUCCCUGGAGACAUUUCUUACGUUUCCGAUGCAUCAGAUCCCACGCUACAUAAUAACUCUCCACGAGCUAUUAGCCCACACUCCACACGACCACGUGGAGAGACGCAGCUUGCAACAUGCUCGUGCGCAGCUCGAAGAACUUUCAAGGCAAAUGCAUGAUGAGGUGAGCGAAACCGAAAACCUUCGUAAGAACUUGGCUGUGGAACGAAUGAUCAUAGAAGGGUGUGACAUUUUACUUGAUGUCAAUCAAGUUUUCAUACGACAAGGCACAUUAUCCCAAGUGGUGGGCAAAGGCCGUAGAGCAACUCUCCAAUCCCGUCAAGCAUUUCUCUUCAGCAACCACUUGUUGCUAACAACUCGAGCUCCGGGAGGAAGGCUACAUUUACCACCUUCGGGCAGAUUGCCGCUACAUGAUGCUCUGCUCAUUGAAGAUCCUUCUAAUCAUGAUGAUGAUGAUACUGCUUCUGUAUGUUCAUCGCCCGGAGGAGAAAGUUAUCAAGGGAAAGAUUUUAAGAUACUUGUAGAAGUGAAGGGGGAACAGAUCUGCGCUCAUUUAGUGGCCGCAACCCUAGAAGAGAAAGCAGCUUGGACGAGCGAACUAGCCCAGUGUAUGGAAAGUGCUGCUCUCACAGAACUGCUCCGAGCCUGUGGAUCUUGCGGCACAGCAUCCGCUAGUCUUCCCGCUUGUCGAUCUGAUAGAGCCUUGUUUACUGAUGAUGUGGAUAUCAGAUUUAGUAGAACCCUGAACUCUUGUAAAGUUCCGCAAAUAAGGUCUGCUACUCCGCAGAGGCUAUUGCAGAGGUUGACUGAUCUCCGUUUCCUCUCAGUGGACUUCCUGAACACUUUCCUCCUGACUUACCGCGUAUUCACGGACGGGGUCACAGUGCUGGAGGCUCUGAAGCAAGUGUUCUAUGAACAGUCCCAACAGGACAUGGACCUGCCCCCCCCACCAGAUGCUACGCGGAAAACUAGCGCUGCUAGCUCUGUUUCAGGUUACGGUUCCGAAUAUAGUGAGAGAGAUUGGCAGUCUAGAUUCUGGCGCGUUGGACGUGGGAAAAGCGAGGAAGAAGAUAAAUUGUCUCCAUAUUUAAUGGCACCGUCGCGUCGUACUUCUGCUGUUGGAAAGCAAACCGAAGAAGACAACAGCCACCUCACGAUACCAAAGAUAAUGGCAACUUCCUCCAGCAAUGAGACACUUAAAGGAACGUCACCAUCAUCCCCCGGUGCUAUAAGUUCAGUGACUCUAGUAGGGAGUCGUAAAGGCAGUCCAGAACAUAAGGACAAAGAAUCUCCAACAAACAACAAAGAUAACGAUAAAGCAGCAGCCAUUAUGAAAGAUGAAAGUAUUGAACUAGUCGAUCAAAGCGAUGAAGAUAUUAAAUAUAAGGAAGAGGAACAAGAGAAACAUAAGCCCAAACAUGAAGAGAAGUUUAAGAUUUCGCAGCGGUUCUCAGAGCGCGUGCGCACCACGGAGAGCGGUCGCGCGGGCGGGCUGGCGGCAGAGCUGCGGCGGCGCUCGGACGGGCACCGCGACCUGCGCCAGCCGCACGAGCCGCGCCGCGCGUCUGACACUGCGGCACGCGGCUCGCCGCGCCGCUCCGUCAGCGAAAGACGUUGCACAAAUUCCUCGAUUAACAGCGAGAGACGUCGUCACUACGGCGGCUCAGAGCCACGUACGUCUGUGACUUCACAAGCAUCACAGAUGCAGAAUUACCGUCGCGAGACCGGUCAACCGAAAGCUGGCGUGGUCAUAACUUCAUUCAGACAAUCGCAUAGAAGCUUUGGAAAAGAUCCAUUGUGGAGCAGUACAUCAACGGCUGCAGUAGCUUUUGCCGUGGCUACGUCUGCGUCGUCGAACCCGAGGUCACCACCAGCGAAUUCUCCGACACAAGCCAGACGAGAUUCAGUUAUUUCAACUGCUGCUACAAUGAGAGUUCUUAAUGUGUUACGGCACUGGAUUUCCAAACACUCAUCCGACUUCUGGUCUGACGACCGUCUACGCGGUCUAACUAUGGAUUUCCUCAAGGAGAUAGAAAGCAGUCCGGGAUUAUUGCCCGCAGAGCAUAAAGCAGCUUCUCAGUUACUACGCUUGCUUGAACGCUCCCCGGAUAGAAAUGUUGAUCUGAAAGCGUUGUUUGCGCCACCACGGUUACCAACAAAAGAGAGUCUGGAAACAUUAUCAGCAUUGGAGAUAGCUGAACAGAUGACGUACUUGGAUUAUCAAAUUUUCAGUUCCAUUCACAGCGAGGAAUUCCUGGGUCAAGCUUGGACAAAAGCGGAUAAAGCAGAACGAGCUCCCCACAUACUGAUGAUGACGGCGCACUUCAACCAUAUCUCUAGCCUUGUUAUAUCUGAGAUCUUGAAACGGAUGCAAGAACACGCGUUAAAAUGCCGUGUAUCCUCUAUCGAGAAGUGGGUCGCAGUAGCGGACAUAGCGCGCUGUUUGCACAACUUCAACGGCGUGCUGCAGAUCUGCGCGGCCAUCUCCAACACAUCCAUCUUCCGGUUGAAGAAGACUUGGGAGAAGGUGUCCAAGACGAGCAAGCAAACAUUGGAGAAACUGCAGAAUUUAACUUCGUCUGAAUGCCGUUUUCGCAAUUUACGAGACGCUCUACACAGAUGUGAUCCGCCAUGUAUUCCAUAUCUGGGCAUGUAUUUGUCGGACUUAUCUUUUAUCGAAGAAGGAACCUCAAAUUAUACUCCAGAGGGUCUGCUUAACUUCUCUAAGAUGCGGAUGAUUGCCCAUGUAAUACGGGAGAUACGCAACUUCCAACAGACGCCAUACAAAAUUGAUCACAUUUCCAAGGUAACAGACUUCCUCUUGGACCCCGCCCUCGCGUACUCCGAAGAGGUACAGUAUACACUAUCACUGGAGCAGGAGCCCCGAGCAGCUCGCGGGUCGGCCGGCGGGCUGCAAGCUGCUCCGGCCUCGCCUGCUUCACCGGCUGCUCAGCGACGUAGACGGGCUUCGUUGGCUGCUUUAGCUCCAUUACGGGCUGAGCGAUAA